GCCCUGUUUGACAGAGGUGAGGCAGUGGCCCUGCGGACCCCCUGGCUUCCGCACGCUGCCUGUCUCUUCUUACCUCCCACCACAUCACACAACACAACACAGGAUGGGUGACCCCGUGCAGGACCCCGCCUUCAACAUCAUCCCCAAGAACUCCACUUGCUUCAUCAUCUGGAGGGUCGAGAACCUGGAGCUGGUGCCUCUGAAGCGUGACGACUAUGGCAAGCUCCACAAAGGUGACUCCUACGUCAUCCUCUCCGCCUCAGAGUAUGGCAAGCCAGCAGGGAUGGCGGACGUCCCUCACCCGCCACGCGGCCCCCUCGACAUCCACAUCCACUUCUGGCUGGGAUCUGAGACGAGCACGGACGAGGCUGGGGUCGCGGCCAUCAAAACAGUGGAGCUGGACAACAUGCUUGGGGGAGGACCCAUCCAACACCGGGAGACGGAGGGCGCCGAGAGCAAGAGGAUGCUCUCUUACUUCAAGAACGGCAUCAGGUUGAUGAGCGGAGGGGUAGCAUCAGGCCUGAGGAAGGUGACAGACGACUUCGAACCUUCCCUCUACCACGUCAAGGGCAAGAGAACCACCAUCGUCAAGCAGCUACCCGAGAUCACCUGGUGUGGCAUGAACGACGGUGACGUGUACGUUCUGGACACUAAGGAUAUCAUCUAUGUGUGGACGGGACGCAACAGUAACAACAUGGAGAAGCUGCAGGGUGCCAAGUUCGCCUCAACACUGCGUCAGGAGCACGGGGGCGGGGCAGUGGUGGUGGUGGAGGACGGCCAGGAGAGUGUGCUUCAAGACCUGGAGCGGAAGACCUUCGAGAAGCUUCUCCCACUCAACAACAAACAGCUCACCCCGGCCUCUCAAGCGCCCAAAGACGAGUCUGUGGCCCGCCGCGUGUGCGAGGAAUUGAAGUUGUUCCGGUGUAGUGAUGAGUCUGGGACCCUGAAGGUGGUGGAGGUGAAGAACGGCCCGCUGUCUCAGUCAGACCUCAACUCUCAGGACUCCUUCAUCAUCGACAACGGCCAGGACGGCAUCUGGGUGUGGGUGGGCAAGAAGGCCACACAAAAGGAGAGGGAAGAGGCACUCAGGAACGCCCAGGGCUUCGUCACCAAGAAGGGUUAUCCAGCCAGCACACAAGUAGCUCGCGUGAUCGACAACGGGGAACCACCAGAGUUCAAGACGCUCUUCAAGGACUGGAAGGACAAGGACCAAAGUCGGGGGUUCGGUAGACAAGCCUCCACAAACAAGAUCGCCACUACAGUACAGACCAAGUUUGACGCCACCUCCCUCCACUCCCAGCCUGAGAUAGCUGCCAAGACACAGAUGGUUGACGAUGGUUCAGGGCAGAAGGAAGUGUGGAGGGUGAAGAACUUCGAGCUGAUCGCCGUGCCAGAGGACAAGUUCGGAGAGUUCUUUAUGGGCGACUGUUAUAUCAUCCUCUACGCCUACCUGGAGGGCAACUCCGAGCACUACAUCGUCUACUACUGGCUUGGUUCCGACGCCAGCCAGGACGAGGUGGGGACGGCGGCGCUGAAGACGGUGGAGCUGGACGACAGGCUGCAGGGCCGAGCCGUCCAGGUGAGGGUAGUGCAGGGGAAGGAGCCGCCACACUUCAUGGCCAUCUUCGGUGGCAAGAUGGUCGUCUUUGAGGGAGGCUAUGCCUCAUCUUUUGAUGGUGCAGAUGCGAGGGACGAGGGCCACAAGUCUUCCUACAUGUUGCAGGUCCGAGGAACUACCAGCCACAACACCAAGGCUGUAGAGGUAGACAAGCGGGCCGGCUGCCUCAACUCCAACGACUGCUUCAUCAUAGGCACGCACCAGAUGACGUAUGUGUGGUGCGGCAAGGGCUCGACCGGCGACGAGAGGGAGAUGGCCAAAUCUUUCGCUACGGGCAGAGGCGAGAGUGUGAUCGUCUCUGAAGGGUACGAGAAGGAAGACUUUUGGAAGGUGUUAGGAGGGAAGGAGGUUUACGCCAGCUCAACCAGGUUGAAGGAAGAACAGUCCUCAAAUGCACCAAGACUCUUUCAAUGUUCCAAUGCUUCCGGUGUCUUCAAAGCCGAGGAGGUGAUCAACUUCUCGCAGGGUGACCUCAUGGAGGAUGACGUGAUGGUCCUCGACACUUGGGACUCCAUCUUCCUCUGGAUCGGUCAUUCCUCCAACAAGGACGAACAGAAAGCGGCGGACGCUCUGGCGAUUGAAUACCUGCGGACGGACCCCGCUGGCCGAGAGAAGGGCACUCCCAUCAUCAAGAUCAAACAGGGCUUUGAGCCACCCAAUUUCACCGGCUUCUUUGGUAUCUGGGACAACGACCUCUGGAACGACAACAUGACGUACGCGGACAUCUGUGAACGUUUGGAGGAGGCGGCCCCAGGAGCCACCGUCCUGGUUACUUCAUCGUCUUCUGGAGGAUCCUCAGGUAGACGAACCUUCCCACUGGCUACACUCCGGGAGAAGGACUCAGAGAAGCUCCCAUCGGAGGUAGACCCCGUUCACAAGGAGGACUUCUUGUGUGACGGAGACUUCAAGAUGGUGUUCGGGGUGGAUCGUGACGACUUCAGCUCCAUCCCGCAGUGGAAGCGAAACAACCUCAAGAAGAAGGCGGGGUUGUUUUAAGCCUCGAGGACCAUGGUCAUCAUCCACCAGAACUCGACAAGUCAACAACUGCCAAGGGCACAGGAACAAGAUGGGCAGCUUAUGACCUUCGUGUAUAUAAUAAUGGCAGGAAGGAGGAAGUAGACAUAUACAUGUAAUAAAAAAACUGGCCUGAAUGUAUGAGAGAUAGACGUGUUGACAUACUUAAAACAAGUGCAAAGUAAAAUAAAAAAAAUAAUAAAGGUAAUAAAUGUACUGGCAUAAAAUAUAUACAAAAUCUGAGAAAAGGGAAACGGGUGGUAUGAUGGGCCAAAAUGAACACCAGUUAAAGACGCCGCUACACUAGCACCUUUUGUCAGUUUAUUGCAUAAAUUUUCUUAACAUUUUCAAAUUUCUGAGCGCCCCGUUAAGCACGCACAGAGAACUAGCACGCCAGUCUUUCUGCGUUCGUCAAUUGUAAACAAAGAAGAUGGCGUUGUAUGCCUUCCUCUUAUUAUUAUUUUUUUUUUUUACUGUAUCUAUCGUCCCUUGGAUUCCACAGGCAACGAUGAGAUUUAAUAUUGUCUAUCAUAUAUUCUUCGGACAGGUGUGUUCACACAGGAAUAGAUAGGCCGUGAAGACGUUGAACACGUCUCAAUGCAAACAAACAUCAGCUGUAAUUAUAAAUAUCAACAAUAAAAAAAUACCCCUAAGAAAUUUAUUAAAAAUGCGAUACUGAAUGUUUUUAAACUCGAAUUUAGUUAUUUUAUGUGGUUCGAUAUUUUAUAUAAAUAUAUUCAUUGUCGAAUAUAGAUCUUCACUUGACCACAGAAAUUGGCGCAAGCCAGACAGGAGGAAACGAUAUGUUUCGUGUGAGCGAGACGGGCUAGAAAAUGUGACAAUUCACGGAAAUAACGACGGAAAAAUAUCAAGUGUAACGCGACCUUAAGACAACCACAACAACAACGUUUAAAGAGAACUGAGGGGGCCACUAUACCGACAGGCAAGUCUUGUAGUUAUAUAACGACUGAAUAUUUCACGACAUAUCUUAAUUUUAUGUUUUAUAUUUAUGAAGGUCAAUUAUUACUUAUGAAGAACUCAAAAUUUCUGCAUUUUCUAGUAGAUUUAAAAACUACACACUUAUUUUCGUGCACUGAUGCAUAUAGCCAUCAAUAAUCGACGAGACAUUAGAGUAAGAACACUAACUGUACAAAAACAGCUGCAGACGUGACGGAACAAUAUACGAGUAGUCAAAUAUUGUAACUUACUCGAGAACAGUGCCAGAAUGGACCGUAAAAUUAAACUAUUUAGAAUUUUGGAUAAGAUACUCAACCUUGAGAAAAAGUCUACCGGUCAAGUGCAGUCAGACAUUAGUAAACAUGAAAAAGAAACUAUUAAUACUAAUUUUCUCAUAGUAAGGAGUUUCAUGACGCAAAGGAAAUUUGCCUGUUGAAUUCUAUUCCAAAUGAAACUCGUUUGAUCAGAUUGUUUUCUUUAAAUUUAAUAAAUCGUUAGCGUGUACUGAGGACUGUAAGUUAUUUUGUGGUAUGAUUUAGAUGUUUGUUAUGUUAUUGGCGGAGUGUCGGUAAUCCAGUGGGUUGAGACUUGACCGCCGUUACACGAGGGUUUUAUGAGAGGUUCUGGAGUAUAGUAUACUGUCGUAAAGGUUCCAAUUUAUAUUUCCUGCAUUUCUAUAAAAGUAUCCUAAACCUCCUUUAAAAAUUAUAUAUACUUAAGGAUCCACUUUUUUUUUCAUUAAAAUUUUACAUUAUUAACGGAGGAACGUUCAAUACUAAGCUGAGGGGCAAGGACGAGGCAGGUGUGUCAAAGAAAUAUUUUGAAAUUACAGGUGUAUUUGGUAAAGAGCGAGUGUCCUAUUGAGAGACUUGCGUCUUUAUGCCGCCAUGUUUAUUCAUUGAAUCCAGGUAAAAAAGUCACAGGUAAAAAAGUCACAGAAAAAAAGUCACAGGAAAAA